AUGGCAUCGUUGAAGUCUCAAGAUUGUGGAAGCAUUUGCCAGCUUGCUCUUUUCUUGCUUGCCGUGGUGGCCGGAAUAUCAAUCAUCACCUUAGGGCUUAUGAUGAACUCAAAGUACAGUCCACGGACACAGAAACAGCCUCUAGUGAUCAGACUCAAUUCCUUCUCUGUAUCAGACCUUAACGUAUCGAAUUCCAUAUCUGGGGCCAAUUGGGAUGCCAUGUUGUUGUUCGGGAACCGGCAUAGUUAUUUUGAGAUUUCGGUCGAAAGUUUUGAAAGUUUUGUUUACUAUUAUCAUCAAGAUGCUCUGUCGUGUGCAUUAGUGGAGUCAAUUCAUUUGGGGCCCAAAAAGCAGAAAUUGGUGCAGAUCAAAUUUAAUGCCUCUGGGUGCGGAGGGGGUGAACAACCUUUUGUUGAGGAGAGGGUUCUGAAGGAGAUAAAGAGAGAUGGAGAUAAUGGAACUUUGCAUUUGGGGUUGAUGUUGAAUUUUCAGGCUUCUUAUAGGAAAGGGCCUUGGUCUUGGGUCUAUUGGCUGAAGGCUAAAUGCACUGACUUGGACGUGCUGUUUGAAACUGGUCCGGGUGCUGGCAUGAUGAUCGGCGAUGAGCCCAGAGCGUGCUCGGUUCCAUUGCUCAAGUGA